UAACCCCGUUUUGUUUAGGAACCCUGGCGGCAACAGCAGAAGCAACAUUAGAAGUCGUCGCAAACGUGCGAUCGUUUAAUAUUUUCAUUUCAUUUCCAAAUCAAAUUCUCCAAAAUAACGCACAGAAAUUAAACGAAAACUCAAAAGAGGGAGGCACGGUCACCACAAUUCACAUCACAGACCACAGCGAGUUCCAACCAAUCCGUUCCGUUUCAAAACCCUAACUAGGGCUCAACUUUCUCCACCGCCGAUCCAAUCAUGGUGGACGAUACUGUUACAUCUCCUCCUCCUCCUCCUCAACCAUCAUCUGCUCCUGUUCCUCUUGGUUCCGGCGUGAUCUCUUUAGUGAACCGUCUUCAAGACAUUUUCUCCCGCGUCGGCAGCCAAACCGCUAUUAACUUACCACAAGUGGCCGUUGUCGGCAGUCAGAGUAGCGGCAAGUCCAGUGUCCUCGAAGCUCUCGUCGGUCGUGACUUCCUCCCCCGUGGCAAUGAAAUCUGUACCCGCCGUCCACUUGUUCUCCAGCUCGUCCGGAGCGCUGAAUCGUCCGAUGAAUACGGCGAGUUUCUUCAUUUGCCUGGCAAGAGGUUUUACGAUUUCUCAGAUAUUCGCAGGGAAAUUCAGGCUGAAACUGAUAGGGAAGCCGGAGACAACAAGGGUGUCUCAGACAGGCAGAUUCGUUUGAAGAUUGUUUCACCAAAUGUUCUUGACAUGACACUUGUAGAUCUCCCUGGCAUUACAAAGGUUCCUGUUGGUGACCAGCCUUCUGAUAUUGAAGCCCGAAUCAGAACCAUGAUCAUGUCAUAUAUCAAAGAGCCUUCCUGUCUUAUUUUGGCUGUCACACCAGCAAAUUCAGAUUUGGCUAAUUCAGAUGCUCUUCAGAUGGCAGGAGUUGCUGAUCCUGAUGGUAAUAGAACAAUUGGUGUAAUCACAAAGUUGGAUAUCAUGGACAGAGGUACUGAUGCCCGAAAUCUGUUACUAGGAAAAAUUAUCCCCCUCCGACUUGGCUAUGUAGGUGUUGUAAAUCGUAGUCAGGAGGAUAUUCUUUUGAAGCACAAAAUAAAGGAUGCUCUGGUUGCUGAAGAGAAAUUUUUCCGCAGUCGUCCUGUGUACAGUGGUCUAGCAGAUAGUUGUGGUAUACCUCAGCUAGCAAAGAAGUUGAAUCAGAUUCUAGCACAACAUAUCAAGUCUGUGCUACCAGGGCUGAGAGCACAUAUAAGCAGUAAUCUAGUUGCUGUUGCAAAGGAACAUGCAAGCUAUGGAGAAAUCACCGAGUCCAAGGCUGGUCAGGGUGCUCUUCUCCUGAAUAUUCUUUCAAAAUAUUGUGAAGCAUUCUCCUCCAUGGUUGAGGGAAAGAAUGAGGAGAUGUCUACAUCUGAGUUAUCUGGUGGGGCGCGGAUUCAUUAUAUUUUUCAAUCCAUCUUUGUCAGAAGUUUAGAGGAGGUAGAUCCAUGCGAAGGCUUGACUGACGAUGAUAUUCGUACUGCAAUACAAAAUGCAACUGGGCCAAGAUCAGCAUUGUUUGUACCAGAAGUACCAUUUGAAGUCCUUGUGCGAAGGCAAAUAUCUCGUCUAUUGGAUCCAAGUCUCCAGUGUGCCAGAUUUAUAUAUGACGAAUUAAUAAAGAUCAGCCAUCACUGUAUGGUGACUGAACUGCAGCGAUUCCCUUUCUUACGAAAGCGAAUGGAUGAAGUUAUAGGGAACUUUUUACGGGAAGGCCUUGAACCUUCAGAGAACAUGAUUGCACACAUGAUAGAGAUGGAGAUGGACUACAUAAAUACUUCACACCCAAAUUUUGUUGGUGGAAGUAAGGCAUUAGAAAUUGCAGUUCAACAAACCAAAUCUUCUAGGCUUGCAUUAUCCGUUUCUAGGCCAAAGGAUGCUCUGGAAUCUGAUAAGGGAUCAGCUUCUGAAAGAAGUGUAAAGUCUCGGGCUAUUCUUGCAAGACAAGCUAAUGGAGUAGUUAAUGAUCCGGGUGUACGUCCUGUGUCAGACACUGAAAAAAUUGCAGCUUCUGGAAAUAUUGGGGGAUCAAGUUGGGGUAUCUCAUCCAUUUUUGGUGGAGGUGAUAGAUCUGUAAAGGAGAAUGUAGCAAGUAAACAACAUGCUGAACCAUUUCAUAGCGUGGAACAAUCAUUCUCCAUGAUCCAUUUGACAGAGCCACCUUCUAUCUUGCGGCCAUCUGAUACUAAUUCAGAGACUGAAGCGGUUGAAAUUACAGUAACGAAGUUGCUUUUGAAAUCAUACUAUGAUAUCGUCAGAAAAAAUGUCGAAGAUCUUGUCCCCAAAGCAAUUAUGCAUUUCUUGGUAAACAACACCAAGAGAGAGCUACACAAUGUCUUCAUUAAAAAGCUAUAUAGAGACAACCUGUUUGAAGAGAUGUUGCAAGAACCUGAUGAGAUAGCCUUUAAAAGAAAGCGCUGUCGAGAACUUCUCCGAGCUUAUCAGCAAGCAUUUAAGGACUUGGAGGAGCUUCCUAUGGACGCCGAAACAGUUGAAAAAGGAUACAGUUUACCUGAAACAACUGGGCUGCCUAAAAUUAAUGGAUUGCCAGCGUCAUCGAUGUAUUCAACAAGUAGUUCUGGAGAUUACUAUGCAGCCUCCCCUAAGCACCCUAAGUCAAAAAGGUCUUCUCAUUCUGGGGAACUUCAAUCUCAAUUUUAUUCUAAUGCAGAUUCCAAUGGAAAUGGAAAACUAUCUACAUCAGGUUUUUAUCCCGCGCUUGACACGUAAGCUAUAGCUAACCGAGCUUGUUGGUCCAAGUAGUUUAAAUUCAAGGCAUGUUAUUCAUUUGAUUACACCGGAUCAUCUGGGUUUUGGAGUUCUGCCUUCCGGAGCUGGAAUGCAUGAACCUAAUAUUUUCUAACUAAGAUGGUUCUGAACGUGGCUUUCGUAACACAAGUUCACCUUUUGUUCUCAUAAAGCAUUGGCAUUAUUACAAAGCUCCCGAAAGAAUAAUAGGAGCGGGUGAACUUUCACAUUUUUUAGAAUCGGCUUUCUGUAUAUUACGUUUUUUAUUUCGUUAGUCGUGUAUUUUGUCUUAGCAAUUAUGCAGCUCCACAGUUUGUUUGCAGUAAAAGCGGGACGUUAUUUGCUAUGUGAAAUUGCUUGCAACGUUGACUUUAGUUAAUUUUAAUUCAAUGAUGCCUGAUAAGAUGUGAUUCUCCUGUUGAUUGUUGUUGCAACAUAAAGUGUAAUUGGUUAAGGCUAUGUUGAUUUGAUUUUUUUAAAUACAAACGAGUCAGCAAAA